GGGGCAAAGAAUAAGUACCGUUACAUGGCAUGACAUCUCCAAACCCGGAUGCCGGUGAGUCGUCGGCCAGGCUCGCCGGGUGCGGAUUGGGCAGGUGCCGGAACGGCAGGUUAGCGGUGGGGGGGGGUGAUAGCUGAUUCGACCACCGGCGUGUGUUCCGGAGAGGGUGACGACAGGCGUCGGAUCAGUCGUGUUAAAGGCGUCAUCAAAAAGGUGUGUAAACUGUAUAAAGGGUACAAGUUGAAACAGUAUCAACCUCUAAUAGUUAAACUCUUUCUUACCCGUCUUGCAUCACACCCUCUACCCAUCAUUACAACCAUCUAUCACCAUCACCCACCACACCCACCACCAUGGCCUCCCACCCCGACCUCACCACCUUCCGCGCCCUCUCCUUCGACUGCUACGGCACGCUCAUCGACUGGCAAGGCGGCCUAGCCACCGACAUCGCCCCCCUACUCACCUCCCUCCCAUCCUCCCACCCCUGGCGCGCGGACCCCUCCCUCGCGGUAUUCCGCUUCAACCACCACUCCAACGCCCUCUCCGCCUCACAGCCCACCCUCAGCUACAACGCCAACCUAACCGAAUCCCUCCGCCAACUCGCAAAAGAAACCGGCCUGUCCCGGGAGGCAAGCGAGACGCUGCUGGCCAGCAUCGACAUCGCCUCCGGCCCCGGCCGCUGGCCGGCCUUCGCCGACACGGUCGACGGGCUGCGCCGCCUGGGCCGCUUCUACAAGCUGGUCAUCCUCAGCAACGUGGACGAGGCCAACAUCGCGCGCGCCACGGCGGGCCCGCUGGGUGGGGUGCGCUUCGAUGCCGUGUACACGGCCGAGGCGAUCGGGAGUUACAAGCCGAGUGUGGAGAACUUCAGGUAUUUGUUUGACGGGGUGCGGCGGGAGUUUGGGGUGGACAAGGAGGCGGGUGGGCUGUUGCAUGUUGCGAGGAGUUUGCCGGUGGACCAUGUGCCGGCGAAGGAGCUGGGGUUGAGGAGCGUGUGGAUUGCGAGGGGCGGGGAUAGGCCGGAGGGGUAUGGGGUGGGAGGGGAUUAUGAGAAGUUGAAGGGGGAGGGGAAGCUGGGGUUUGAGUGGCUGUUUCAGACGAUAGGGGAGUUUGCGGACGAGGUGGAGAGGCAGUUUGCUGAGAAAGAGGCACGCGAGAAGAAGUGAGCGUGCUUCGUGUGUGUGUUUGGUC